CCAAAGUUUCAGUUUUCUGUGUUGCGUUGAAUUGAAUUGAAGGAGAAAAAUUUGUAGAUGCGUUUUUAUAUUUUUAUCAAUUAGCCGGAACCAAUUCUCUUUGUAAUUAUGGCCAAAAUAUCAGUCUUAUAGUCAUAGCAGUGGGGAUAGUGUUUACAUUCGGCAACAUUGGAAUUGCGCCAUCUCAUGCAAUUUUUUUUCACGUGAUGUAUACCUAUAUCGUAAAAUUCAUAGAGUUUCUCAAUACUUUUUGGGAUGAAGGUUUUAAUUCCUUCCCAACAAUGUGAUAUGAUGAUGAAGAAAAACCUCUAUCUGUUUGAAGACUUGUAUAUUUUAACCAAUAUUUGUUCUUAAAUUCAUUACUUUUAGAAGAUGGCGCCACAUAUACAACGGGACUACAACGCUAUUGGAGAUCCAGGCAGAUACUCACUGAGGACACUCAGGCAUGGUGAAAAAAAUUGUUUCCAAUCACACAUUUUUGACGUGUCUAAAAUAAACAGCAAAGAGGAUUUCUUUCGUUGUAUUGGUCUUCAAAUGAAAAGAUUUCAGUACAAGUAUAGAAUGUCAAACAGUGAUCGUAAAAUUAAAAAGAUUAAUAUUCCCAGUGGUGUAACAUUGCGUGAUUGUUCCGUUAUUAUCCUGGGGAACACAUGUAAGCUAUGUGGAAAGUGUUUUAAGUGUAAAAUUGACUUAAAUAAACAUAAUUUGUUAAAACAUCAGACACAUGAAAAACUUGGUAACACGACUGUGAAAGAAACUCAAUGUACGGAGAAGGAAAUCGAAAUCUGCAAAAAUUUUCCAAAAUCUUUAAAUCAUUCAAUAAUCAAAGCUAGUAAAAAUUUUGCAACAAAAGAACACAAAAAAUUACGUUUAACCUUGAAAAUAGGAGAGGAAAUUAUCGCCAAAAUAUCGGUGAAUAGAAAGCACUUGAAGAAAGAUAACGUCGACAUGUGGACUCAAACCGAGUCGAAUCGUGACAUUGAAUUAAUUGCGGACAUGAAUAUGUAUGAAAGUGUUGCUUCUCGUAUCGAUCCUCUCAUGUUCGGUAAUAGUCCUUACCAAUGUUUUAACCCGUCUGUGCACACGGUACAAUGCUCGAAUCGAUAUUUGGCUAGCAACAUUGUAGCAAGUACACAGGCGGUUCGUGAGAAAAUUAUAACGCAGGAGGAAACUAACUCUUCGCACAGGUUGAAGGAGUCACGCGAUAUAUCCGCAAAUGAAAAAUGUGGCGCUACUCUUCGUGUUACACCAAACUCAUCUCUUGAGUUAAAUUUGUCAUUUGUGUCUGAAAAAUGCAAUUUACGUGAACAAGAUCAUGUUAAAAAUGGUAAUUCGGAGGAACUUUCUUCAACGCAUUCAGAUGAUGCUUUAAUAUUCAACGAAAAGUGUAAUAAAUCGCAAUUCACCGUAAUAUCAAAGUCACUGUCGGGUUACAACAACAAAAAUGAUAAUGUUACAUCUUUAUCAAAGAAUAUAAAUACUCGAUCAAAGAAUAUCAUGCAAAUUAAUCCAGAAAACAUUGACGAAAAUGAGGAAACAACAAAUCCAGUCCAGAAAGAUUUUAUUAUAAACAAUACAGAAAACUAUAUACUAAGAAAAUUACAGGAUGACUCUAAUGUGAUACAGGCAAUACUACCGGUAAUCGUGCCAAUAAUCGUGCCAAAUGGAAGUGUUCCUAAUACACCUAUUAAACUUAUGAUACAAUCAGCGUCAACAGAAGAAAAAGAACAGCAACUGCGGCAAAAGCAGCAGCAACAAUUACAACCAGAUCAACAACUGCAAUUGCAACAAAAACAACGAUUACAAGCAGAGCAUCAGGAACAACCACAGCAAAGUCAACAGCAACAACCACAGCAAAGUCAACAGCAACAAGAAAUUACGGAAACUUUCUCUCUCCCCACCGAAGAUAAUUCCAACGAUGGAAUGCAGCAGUUGAAACUUCAGAAAGAACAGCAAUUACAACCGGAUCAACAGUUUCAACUGCAACAAGAACAGCAAUUACAAUCGGAUCAACAGUUGCAACUGCAACAAGAACAGCAAUUACAAUCGGAUCAACAGUUGCAACUGCAACAAGAACAGCAAUUACAAUCGGAUCAACAGUUGCAACUGCAACAAGAACAGCAAUUGCAAAUCAAAGAUCAGGAGCAACUACAGCAAAGUCAACAGCAACAACAAAUUAUGAGAAUUCCUACUCACAUCGCGAAAGAUAAUUCCGAUGAUGAUGUGCAAGAAGUAUUGCGAAUCGUUCGGGGACAUAGCACUGCGGAUGUCAAUCACGAGUCACCAACUCGGUUCGAGCGAGAGAUGUUGCUACAUGUCGCCAUUAGAGAUAUGAAGAGAAUGGAAGGAGAAGGAUGGCACUUGCUAGAGAAAGUAACCGACUACACAGGAAGAAAAUCGAAAUCUAGUACCAAAUGUAGCGAAACGAAUGAGUGUAUCAAAAAAAUGAAGAAAAUAAUAACUGAAUUGGAUUUCGACUGUAGAAAUUCAACCAAAGAAAAAUACAUUUCCCAUAUGAAGGAGCACGUUGCGAAAGUGCAAAGUUAUAAUAACAUAACAACAUUAUGUGGAUCUGAUAGUGUAAAGGAAAAUUUAAUGACAUGUAAUGAGAAUAUCAAUAUAACAUCUAAGAUGAUAGGACAGUAUAAUAUUAAUCAUCAUAAGGGAAAAUUCGAAAUAAAUAACAAUACGCAGAGCAUAGAAGAAUCUGUUAGCCAUUUUCUUGUGCCUUGUUCCGGCGACAUGGAAAGUAGGAGUAAAGGACCGAUCAUAAUAGAUCUAGUCAAUGGUACCGAUGAAUAGCAAUAGAAACUAUUGGAUCGGUAAAUAGCAAACAUAGCUUCAUGAGAAUGGUGUCGAACUGUGGCCAACUAUUGCAAUGGUGGAUAUGUCCUCAGAAUAUGUAAUAUUCAUAUAUUAUGAAAUGAAUAAGUUGAAGUACUUUUAAUGUCGGCAAUUAUUCAACUUUCAUUACUUGUAACGUUAUCUUUCGUUAUAUUAUGUUUUUUUUAUAUUUCAUAAAUUACAUAUACACGUAUGUUAAAACAUAUAUAUGUACUGAUCGAUCACAAGUUCAGUAUGUACUAUGUUCGAAUUAAAUGAACAGGAACUGCACUUAAAUGCUACUUAGUAUUAUCGCUGCCAAAAUGAUCCAAAAGCUACUUAUGUUUGUGUUAUACGUAUCUUGACUUUGAAUUUAGUGCAAAGUAAAUAAAAUAUAGAUAUAUGUAUGUAUAUUA